AUGAAUCAAAAUGAAAUAAACCCUAACCUAAUCAACGAUGGUACACGUAAUUUAAGAAUGAGUGAACAAAGGAAAUCAUGUUUGUGCAUUCGAAGGAAGAUUUUAUGGGUUAUAAUCGUUAUUUUACUUGGAUCAAUUGUUGUUAUUUAUUUAACUACUUCUAAAUUGAAAAAGAAAAAUCAAACAACAACAACAGCAAUCGAAGAUUCGACGGGAUUCUUAACUAGUGCAAGUACGGUUUCAAUGGAAACAGCCAAAAUUCAAAUGUGUAAUGUUCUCGAAUGUCGUUCGAUAGUUUUACACUAUUUUUCGAAGAACUGGGUGUUCAAAUCGGAUCAACUAGGUGAAUGUAAAUAUUGCCCAUAUUUGGAUAAUGAUGUGAUGAGUACCGAUUGGUUAUAUCGAUGGUACGAAGGAGACUUUUUCAUUGAGAACUCCAUUGGACAGCGUUGGAAAGGAAAUUUACGUAUUUGUAUAAAAGAAUGCUUCAAAAAUGCGGAGUGUGUGGGAUUUACAAGAAGUAAACACAUUUCUCCUUAUGAUCGUGAUGGGGAAUGUUGGUUUAAAAACAAUGUUAUGACUAAUCGAAUUAACAAUCAUUCUGAUUGGCUCACAGUUGUUUUCAACACAACAUCGUACGAAGUACACUGA